CAACAGUAGAAGAAGAAGUGUGGAGUAAAUAUGGCGGCGUGGUGCGAUUACGGAACAGCUCUCGUGAACUUGGCCCGUGUUUAGCUCCGUUUGUUCCGCUCCGGUCUACCGGGAGGAUGGCUCACCGCUACCUGCGGCUGGCCACCGGCUGUAGGAGCCUGCUCCGGUUGCUGCUGCCCUCCGGAACUCCGCCCAGGCUGGUCACGUCUUCAGCUGGUCCAGGACAGGUGGUGAUUGGACGGAGCCUGCUGAGCGACCUGCUGGGGGCCUACAGGAGGCUGAGCUCCAGACCCCCAAAAGGUUUUGAGAAAUAUUUUCCAGAAGGUCAAAAACCUGUGAAGAACUCUGAAGCUAAAGAAUCUAAAACUUCCAACACUCAGAGAGCAGCUGGGAGGUCAGGAGGAGGAGGAGGAGGCGGAGGAGGAGGAGGAGGUGGGAAACGAGGAGGACGUAAGGAGGACUCACACUGGUACAGCCGGCUGCAGAAGGGGGACAUUCCCUGGGAUGAUAAGGAAUUCCGGAUGUACUUGCUGAGUGGCGUGGCGUUCUGGACCACCAUCACCUACUACUUCUUCCUGAGGGACGGAGGACGGGAGGUCACCUGGAAGGACUUUGUCAAUAACUACCUAUCCAAAGGCAUGGUUGAUCGGUUGGAGGUUGUCAACAAGCGUUACGUCAAAGUGGUCUUCGCUCCGGGGAAGAUGCCAGUGGACGGGCAGUACGUCUGGUUUAACAUUGGUAGCGUGGACACGUUCGAGAGGAACCUGGAGACGGCCCAGUACGAGCUCGGCAUCGAGGGGGAGAACCGCCUGCCAGUGGUCUACUCCACCGAAAGCGACGGGACGUUCCUGCUAAGCAUGCUUCCCACAGUGCUCAUCAUCGGCUUUCUGCUCUUCAUGCUGCGGCGGGGCCCGGCGGGGGCGGGGCGGCCCGGCAGGGGAAUGGGGGGGCUGUUCAGCGUUCGCGAGACUACGGCCAAGAUCCUGAAAGACGAGAUUGAUGUCAAGUUCAAAGAUGUGGCCGGCUGCGAGGAGGCCAAGCUGGAGAUCAUGGAGUUCGUCAACUUCCUGAAGAACCCCAAACAGUAUCAGGACCUGGGUGCCAAGAUUCCUAAGGGAGCUAUUCUGACCGGACCGCCGGGAACUGGAAAAACUCUGCUGGCCAAGGCGACGGCUGGAGAAGCAAACGUUCCCUUCAUCACCGUCAACGGCUCAGAGUUCCUGGAGAUGUUCGUAGGCGUGGGCCCCGCCAGGGUCCGAGACCUGUUUGUGAUGGCGAGGAAGAACGCUCCCUGCAUCCUCUUCAUCGAUGAGAUCGACGCCGUCGGCCGGAAGAGAGGAAGAGGAAACUUUGGAGGACAGAGCGAGCAGGAGAACACUCUGAACCAGCUCCUUGUGGAGAUGGACGGAUUCAAUACUGCCACCAAUGUGGUGGUUCUGGCAGGAACCAACAGACCGGAUAUUCUGGACCCGGCUCUGAUGAGACCCGGACGCUUCGACAGACAGAUCUAUAUCGGUCCUCCAGACAUCAAAGGACGGGCAUCAAUAUUUAAAGUCCACCUGCGUCCUCUGAAGCUGGAGACGGACAUGGACAAAGAUGGUCUGGCAAGAAAGAUGGCCGCCCUCACACCUGGAUUUUCAGGCGCCGACAUCGCUAACGUCUGUAACGAAGCUGCUCUGAUCGCCGCCCGACACCUGUCCGACGCCAUCAGCCAAACACACUUUGAACAGGCCAUAGAGAGGGUCAUCGGAGGUCUGGAGAAGAAGACUCAGGUUCUGCAGCCGGAGGAGAAGAAGACGGUGGCGUAUCACGAGGCCGGUCAUGCCGUUGCUGGGUGGUUCCUGGAGCACGCCGACCCUUUGCUUAAGGUGUCCAUCAUUCCCAGGGGGAAGGGUCUGGGUUACGCCCAGUACCUGCCCAAAGAGCAGUACCUGUACACCAAAGAGCAGCUGCUGGACCGGAUGUGCAUGACCCUGGGAGGCCGGGUCUCUGAGGAGAUCUUCUUUGGACGCAUCACAACCGGAGCUCAGGACGACCUGAGGAAGGUCACGCAGAGCGCCUACGCUCAGAUCGUUCAGUUUGGGAUGAACCCAAAGGUGGGCCAGGUGUCCUUCGAUCUGCCGCGGCAGGGUGAGAUGGUCCUGGAGAAACCGUACAGCGAGGCCACGGCCCGCCUCAUCGACACCGAGGUCAGAACCCUGAUCAGCGAGGCCUACCAGAGAACCCAGAAGCUGCUGAACGACAAGAAGACAGAGGUGGAGAAGGUGGCUCAGCGGCUGCUGGAAAAGGAGGUUCUGGAUAAAAACGACAUGGUGGAGCUGCUGGGCAAGCGGCCGUUCGCAGAGAAGUCGACGUAUGAGGAGUUUGUGGAGGGAACCGGUGGCGAGGACGAGGACACGUCCCUGCCGGAGGGCCUGAAGGACUGGAACCAGGAAAGGAAGGACAAGGAGGAGAGCCCGGAGGAUCAGGUGGCCCGCCAGAUCUCUGGAGGAAUGCCCUUCUAGAACCCCGACAUAACCGACUCCUCUGGUCAGGGUUCCGUUUCUCCUUCUGCACAAGAUGUUCUGCUGGGUUCUGGUUGUACUGCUUCACAUCUAGAACCGUUCCACACGACGUUCUUCAGUCAGCCUCCUGCUGGAGAAACCAAAGACGUUCUGCUCUGCUCAGUUCUAUCCCACAGAACCAGCUGAUCUUCCAGAACCACAGCAUCCAGUCCAAACCCGCAGAACAGCUGUAGAACCUCUAGCACAUUUAAACACAUUGAUGUUGCUAAUCUAACAUCUUAGUUUAUGUUUGGAGCAGAUGCCGGUUCUCUCACCUCCUCCAGAACCCUGAGAGUUCCACAGAUGUUCUGCACUUAGAGAACGUAGAACCUGCAGAACCCUUCAGUUCUGCUUGGUUCUGCUCUUCAUGUUGGGCUCUUUUUAGAGUUCCAGCGUUCCUCAUGGAUGAACUCAGACUCAGAACCUCUCACUGGAUUCUGACUGAGAACAAACCUCUGGGUUCUGGAUCAUUCAUAGACCCAGAGAAAACCAUUUACUGGUCUGAAGUUUCUAACCAGAACCUGAUCUGUUGGUUCUACGAAGACCCGGUUCUCUGGCUCACUCCAGUACAGGGUUCCUAACAUGCCUCACCUUAGACCGGCAGAACCUGGACUCUGCUGGAUCUGGAUCUUCACGUGGUUCUUGUGCAGAACCAGUGAAACACACUGGAUUUAAAAUAAAUGUUUAUUUAUGACAAACUUCUGUUUGAGACUCUCUUCUGUCGGAACACGAGUCUCCAUCAUCAUCAUCAUUGCUGUUGCCAUGGUAACCAUGCUGCAUUUUCCAGCUGAUGUGUAUUGAUUAGAUAUUGAUCAGUUGUUGCUUGCAUGCUGCAGAGCGCGUCCUUGUAAACAUGUAAAUGUGUCAAGAUGUUUUAAUAAAGUCGAUCAGCUGAUCAAUAAUC